AUGUCACAGACACUCCCAACGGAACCACUUUUAAUGCAAGACAGAUAUAUAGAUAAGCAGAACAAUGUGUCUGCCUAUCAGGCGUAUCUUGCUCAAAUCGCUAUUCAAUGGAACCCAAUCGCCAACCUAAUCCCGUGCGGUAUGCUUGUCCAAUCUUCGGGAUCUGGGAAAACAAGUCUGGCAAUACAUACUGCUCGGUCAAUCUACACCAUCUAUAUUGGACCACCAGCAUCUCACUUGUCAGCUACUUUCCAGCAAGGCAACCACUCAAAAAAUUCCAGCCAUAAUAUUGACACAACAGGCAUUGAAUCCGUCAUGUCCAUAUGCUCGCCAGACAUGACUAACGAGAACAUCACUAUGUGGGCGCAUUGUACAAUUCUAGGAUGCAUUGCUCACUUGUGUUCAACUCUUGAUUUUGAAAAGAAACUUACGCCAGCCAAAUGGAUCGAGAUGCAAUUAGGUCGCAAAGUAAUUCAUAAAACCCCAGAUGUAUACCAUGGUGGCAAGACCCAGUCUCCAACUGUAGGAAAAGAAUUCUGGAAUUUCGUGGCAUUAUUAACGGAACAAGUAUGGAUGCAACACAAGGAAACGACCCACCAAUUUGGAAAUAAUCUAAACAUUGCUCAAGUUUUUGCCAAAGCUAUUCGCGAUUUGAGUCAGACUUUGCGUGCCCAUUCUUCUAUACAAGAAAGGGGAGUUUUUGAUGGGAAUGUAAGCGAUGGAAGUCGACUAAGUGACUUUGGCCUUGUGUUUGUAUUUGAUGAUAUCUCGAAAUGGAAAGUGAAUACGCAUCUUGUCGCACUUAUCAAGGCCUUGGAAAAGGUUCCAACUGUUGAGCUGGCUGGAUGUGCUGUGAUUGGUAUUAUGGUGGAUCAAAACCUUGCCGCUGUUGAACAUGUGAUUGACCAAGUAGCUGCACAAAGACUUGAUGCCAUGUCUGCCGGGACAGACGCAAUGAAACCCAAUUUGCUUAGAAUGGAUCCGUUUUUACGCAUUCUUUCUUGGAACGCGUUUUUAGAUCAUCAUACGCCAAGACUGUUUGAUAUUCUGCAGUUUGGUACAUCUAUUAGCAAAUCAGAUUCAAUGCAGUCUUUACAUGUAUCUGAUGGUUCAAGUGGAAGUGGCAAGCCAUGGCGACACGUUUCACCUGCUCAGGAUAUAUGUGAACCAAUCAGCAAGUCGAGAAAGGUAUCUCCAAAUACAACUGUGAGUAGGUCGUGCAUAAAUGUUCAGUCCAUUUGGCCACACCUAUCCACUAUAGGCAGGCCUUUGUGGAAAUCCAUGUUGCAAAAUUAUAGUAUUGAAAAGGUGAUUGAGUCGGCUGCCGAGUUAAUCUGUGGUGGAGCGAGCAAGGCUAGAAUGCUGCUUGAUGGAGUUAGUCUGGCACCAGGUGGAUCAUCAAACAGCGAAGCCUAUGAUUUUACAUCUACAUAUAUUUCUCUUUUGACUAUUCGCCUUUGCUUAGACUUUACGUCGACAUUUCCUUACAACCUUUUAAUGUGCUCAUCUCACAUGGCAAUCUAUUUUAGUAUCAAUGCAGUGCAUGAAAACAACUGCAUCCGAAAAAAGGUAGAGUCAGGUUACGUAUCUGAGCCGAUUAUUUCUGAGGGUGCUGGAUGGAUUCUACGAAAUAAGCAGUUUCAAACUGGAUCGCAUAUAUGGUGCAAGGCAAUCCAUGCAUUGUACAAUAUGGUCAACGACAACCAUAUCAAAGCAUCGGCCGACCCAACGCUUGUUGCACGCAUACUGCUCCUCAAAACUAUGGACAGGUGUACAGAACAUCUACAGCCUCGACACGUACCAAUCGCGAAAUCUUCAAAAAAACCCAGAUUAACUUCUACAGCAAUGCCAUCCCAUGUACCAACCUUGCCUACCAAGCUGUCCACUUUUCUUCAUGCCCUCUUACCAAACAAAAAGUAUAAAGAGGCGGUAAAAAAAUUUCCAGCUCAGUUGAUGGAUUCGUUGAUAUUUUUCAAUCAUUUUAUACGUCUGGGUAAAGCAAACAUCACUCCAGCAGUCAUCCAAGCCAGCUUGAACUUUUGUUCUGGUGUGAUUGUAUCACCUUAUAAACUCGUAUUGCCAAUAUUGACGCCUGCAUGUAAUGGUAGACCAGCAAGACUAUCUGCCGUGUUGGUGCGGGUUGAUAUGCCUGGUGAAGAAGAGUGUUCUGAUGAAACGGAAUGCACUCUGUUUUCCGAUUGUGGGUUUGUUUUACCAUCUGCCAGUGCACAAUUGCAACAUGAACACAUCAACGGCCAUUUUGAAACCUAUCCUUCAUAUCUGGUUAUCAAUUUACGACUAAGUGGCAGUGCUAGCGUGACGAUCAAGGCAGCAUCAGAUAUAGAUCCAAUGCGUUCAGUGAUGAGAAUGACUGGUGUGAGCGUAGCCUCGUUUGCACCACUCAAUCCAGCGACAGAGUUGUGUGUGUAUCCGCCACAACGCAUUGUUGAAGAAUACUCGACUAUGGUAUCGCAGUUGGCUUUGCUUUGCAAUGAAUCCAAGGCGUUGGCGUUUGCUAUCGACUCUGCACGAGUCAUGGAUGAUGUUCAUAUUGGAGGUUGA